CCCCGCCCCCCGCGCUGGCCCCGCCCCCGCCCCGUCUGCGCACGCGCGGUGCCUGCGGCGCGGCGGCCCCUCAGCGCGUCCUGCGGGCGGGAGGCCGAGGGCGGCAUCCUCAGAAGUUCAGGAGCCAGCAUGAUCAGCCGGAGACCCAAGAAAAGCCCCCAGGCAAAAGGCCAGGGAGCUGCUGCGGCGAAGCAGCUGGGGCUGUUUGUAGAUUUUAAUCCUGAAGAAAUGCUGCUGGAUUUAGAAGGCGGUGAUGAAGGAGACCUAGAAGCAGAGCUUGCUGCUAUCACUGGAGAGAAGGUGACAGAAAGGAAAUCAAAACCAAAAGGAAAAACCCCUCUGCCUAUGGAUCAUAUUGAAAAGAUGGCUGCAGAGUGCAUGAAGGACCUGAAUGAAGAUGAGGAGGGAACAGAGGAUGAAGAUUUAGAGGAGGAUACAGAUCUUUUGGAAGAAUUGCAGGAGGUUCUGGGUGAAGAUGAUGAGGCAGGAAGUGAUAAGGAUGAGACAGUAGCAAUGGAGGUGCCAGCAGCUCCACCCAUAAUGCAACAGCCACCUGAACAGCAGGCACAGGUCACAUCCUCUUCAGUGGUUUCCAGUGAGCUGCAGCAGAUACUAGAGACCAGAAUCACUAACUAUAAGACGGCUAUCUCAAACGCAAAGGAAGCAGGCGAAAGUGCCAAAGCACGGCGGUACGAAAGAGGACUCAAGACGCUGGAAACCAUGCUGGUUGCAGUGAAGAAGGGCAAGAAGAUCAAUGAAGAAGAGAUACCACCCCUGGUAGCAUCAGGAAAGAGCUCUGCUCACAUACCUCAAGCCACAGGAGCUGUACCAGAGCCUUCAAGUGAUCCAGCUGAAGUAUCUGAACAGAAAGUGGAAUCACCUGCAGGUCACGAGUUAAAGUCUGACAGUAAUGUGGAGCAGUCUGUGAAGCCAGCUUCUCCGCAGGGUCACGAUGCUGUCACUGCUGUCCUGGAAACAGAACCCCUAGACACCAGCACACGAGCGCUCCUGGUUACAAGGCAAAAGGAGUAUAAAACAGCAGCUCUGAAAGCCAAGCAGCAAGGAGAUCUAGAGAAGGCAAAAGAAUAUAUGAAAAUUGGCAAGAAAUUUGCUCUGGUCCUAGAAGCUCUGGACAAUGGAGAGCCUGUAGACCUCCAGAAUAUGCCCCCAUCUCCACAAGACAUUGAAGGCCCUGAAAAGACACAGGCUCUGUCUAAACGAGUGGUACCUGUUCCUGAAAAAAGUUCCGAAAGUCUUGUAAUGUCUGAAGCUUCAGUUUCCCCACAGCAGCCAAAAACGGUACUGGAAGCUUUGCAGCAGAGGCUGGAGAAAUACCGGUCUGCAGCAGCACAGGCAAAGGCCAGUGGGGAUGAUCGGAAAGGCAGGAUGCAUGAGAGGAUAGCCAAGCAAUACCAAGAUGCUAUAAGGGCCCAUAAAGCAGGGAGAAAAGUGAAUUUUGCUGAAUUACCUGUUCCCCCUGGAUUUCCCCCUAUUCCCGGUAUGGCACCCACUGAAGGCAGUGGCACAAUAGCUGCAGUGCUGGAAAGCGCCAACCAACUGGCCAACAUGGAAGAGAAGGAAAACGAAGAUGAUGAGGGGGAGGAGCGUGAACCUCCCACACAGGCCCCAGUUGCCAAAAAGCCUGCUCAGCUGCCUGAGAAGCCAACGCAGCUUGUUAAACCAAUUAUGGUGCCAUUUGCUGGAGCCCGAGAAAGCUCUCCCGAGCACAUGAAAAGAGCCAUGUCGCCAUCCACCCCUGCCAAAGCACUGGGCAAAGACGGAUCAGUUGAGCAUCUCUCCCCAUCAGCUAGGGAACAGCUGGAAUUUCUGGAGAACAGGAAGAAGCAGUACAUGAAGGCAGCAAUCAAAGCAAAACAGGCAAACGACCUUGAACAAGCCAAGCUGUUUCUGCGGACAGCAAAAAGCUUUGACCCAAAGAUCGAGCAGGCAAAAUGCGGCAAAUCUGUUGAUAUUUCCAAGUUGCCAUCGCCUCCCACCGAUGAUGAAGGCGAUUUUAUCUUCAUACACCAUGAGGACAUCAGGCUCUCUCAGAAGGCAGAUGAGGUGUACACACAGCUCAUAAAGCUGCUAAAGGACCAGCACGAGAAAUGUUUGCAGUAUUCCAAGCAGUUCAUGCAUCUGGGAAAUGUCGCAGAAACGACACGGUUUGAAAAGCUGGCGCACGGUUGUAAGAAGGACCUGGAGAUCCUACAGCUCGCCCAAGCCCAGGGGAUGGAUCCUCCAGUCCAUCACUUUGAGGAGAGAACCUUUAAAAUGAUAAGGAUAUUUUCUGAACUCAACAGCACAGAAAUGCAUCUCAUCAUUGUCAGGGGAAUAAACCUGCCAGCUCCUCCAGGUGUGGCACCAGAUGACUUAGAUGCGUUUGUGAGAUUUGAAUUUCAUUACCCAAAUGUGGAGCAAGCUCAGAAAAGUAAAACGGCAGUAAUUAAGAAUACCAAUUCUCCAGAAUAUAAUCAGCUGUUCAAGCUGAAUAUUAACCGAAAUCACAGAGGUUUCCGAAGAGUGAUUCAGACUAAAGGAAUUAAAUUUGAAAUAUUUCACAAGGGGUCCUUUUUCAGAAGUGACAAGCAAGUAGGAACAGCGCACUUGAAGCUGGACAAAUUGGAAACGGAAUGUGAAAUUCGAGAGAUCGUUGAGAUUCUGGAUGGCAGGAAGCCCACUGGUGGGAAACUAGAGGUAAAAGUGAGACUCAGGGAGCCACUCAGUGGUCAAGAUCUUCAGACAGUUACUGAGAACUGGCUGGUCCUCGAACACUAGGUCCGAGAAUGGUAAGAACUGGAGAACAAGUUUGUACAUAGGAAGAAGCUGCUACUUGCAAGCACCAAAGAUGUUAAUGAAUGCACUACUGAACAUAACGAGUCUUUAUUUUCAUAACUUCUAUAGUGCGUGUUGGUUAACGCUUUUAUAAGGCAAGCAUUGCGAGGCUGUGGAAACUCGCUGCUAGCGGAGAGAUGGUACUGAUCUACACAAACUAGACUAAGUUGCCUUAAGGUAGGACUAAUGUUAAAUGAACUCGUUACACCUUCCCAUGCAGGUCUUGUUUCCCAGCGGUGGGUGAAAUAGUGAUGGUUUGCUCUUCACAAAGUCACUGCAGCCAUGCAAAAAAAGUUCAGUUAAUGCACAAGCAAGGCCUUGUGCUUCCACCAUUUAUCCUGCGCUCGACUCCAUGCUCUUAGGCAGACGAGCUCUCAUGCUCCCAAGCUGUGCAGUGAACACAACCUUCAGAUGCUUCUGACCAUCACCCUCAGGCCCUUGUGAAGGUCAGUGUGUUCUGCUUGUUAAUCUCCUGGGAUGGAGGGAACUUAAAAUUCACUUUAAGCAGAGCUAUAACCCCAGCAAAUGCCCUGCCUCCACCUCUGCAUGCCGCUGCAGCACUCUUACAGACGUGCCUUUAAAAGACAUGGCUACAGCAAUGAAAGGAUUACCGCCCGUUUUAACAGUAGGGUCACAAAUCUGCAUUUAGAGUUGGUACCGGCUGUCUGCCAUGUUCCCUGUACUGCUCAUUCCCAUGUGGCCUGCAUGUUGUGCCUUCAUCCUUUUAAACAGGCCACAUAAGGCUUUACUGCUUCAGUAAUUCACAGAGUUUAAAGAACACAGGGUUUUCUGAAACAUUAGAUGGCUCUUAUUUCACAGGGCUGCUGAAGCCCACUAACUGAUGGAAAAAUAGCCGCUCUUAUUUAUAUAGAAAACUGGACCAUGGAUGUUUGCAGAAAUUUUUUUUUUAUGGACGAUGUACAUAAAACCAGGUGGCACCAAAGCUGUUUGAUGUGCUUUUUUUAAAAUGAACGUGGAAAAACUGGUGUAAAGAGGAAGGAUGUCCCUACUGUGGGGAGCCGGCGCAGAAUGCUGCUGCCCCCGCUGUUCAGUGAGAGCAAGGUUGUAAUGGGAACGCACCCAGAGCAGGGCAGCACUUCUGCAUCUGUCUUCCUGAAUGGAUGGAGACAAUACAGUGUUUAGUUUUUAAUUUCAAUAAAUUUAAUAUACAAAACUACAUGUUGAAAAUAAAAAUAUAAUAUGCA